AUGUGGUACCACGAUGAGCAUGGCGAGACGGACACGCCUUGGAUGGCCUUCGUGCAAGUAGUGGAUGCCAUCGAUCGCCUGAGCCAAGACCCAGAUGAGUCUGCGGAGACGCAGCUGCAGGAGGCACUCAAGAUACUUCCGCUGGUGGACCCCAUGAGCGCGCUGCGGUCGGUCGGACCCUGUGAAGCCAUCUUCACUUUGGUCCUCACCUUCAGCAGCCCUUCCCGGGGCUUCUUGAAGCUGCCGCAGCUGCCCCACGAGCCCCUCGUCCGCGAAGACUCCCUCCUCGUUCGCGAGGACUCCCUCCUCUUUCAGCGCGAAUCGAGUCAGGCCAGCCCGGAGUCCGAGGAGAAGCAAAAGGCGGAGCCGAGGAAAGUCUCGGGGGUGGAGAUGCUGCAAAUCCGCAUCCCGGAGCUGCCGCAGCUGCCCAGCGAGAUUGGAAGCUGCACAGAGGAGGAGUCUGCAGAAGGAGCCUUGGCGAAGCGCAUCUUCGAGCCGAUGACGCAGAGCGUGUCGAGGACGGCCCUGGCGGAGCUGCUGAAGGCCACGCUGCUGUGCGUGGAGACCUGCACACUGUCCACUUCGAUGAGGCCGAACGAGGGGGACACGCCGCUGCAGGCGGAGUGGCGUCGCCAGCGCGCGGCCGUGGCGCACUGGGCCUGGCAGAUCCACGGAGAGGCCCGGGAGCUGCUGCGCGGCUUGGAAGACGGAUGGGACACCAUGAGCCAGGCCGCGGUCAUGAAGCUCAGGCAUCUCCUCUACUGCGCCGAGCUCCGCGCAUCACGCGAACCACAGGACGUCAAAGCGACAGACGACUCUUCCUGUCCCCCUGAGGUGUGGCUUGCCGCCGAGUCGGCGGCCGCGGCCACCCUGCCGGUGCCGCAUGGAUGGCAGCAGCCCAACUUCCGGGAGGAGGAGACCUUCGGCUGCUGGUUGGCGCACCUGGCCCGACAGCUGCACGAGACCUACGCACCUACCGCCGUGCCGCUGCGCCUGCGCGCCGCGGACGUGGCGCAGGUGGAACCCCUGCUGCUGUCGCUGCGCCUGGCGCUGGCGGCCAGGAGGAACCUCGCGGUGGAGCAGACCUGCUUGGUCUUUUUGCCCGAUGGCAGGGCAGAGACUGAGGGCAGUGAAGCGCAAUCGCCCACUCCGGAAGCCGAGAGUGUCCAGUUCUGGGAUGAGCUGGAUUCUGAGAGGCCACCCUGCUUCAAGCCAGCCUGUGUGCUGCCUGCCGCUCUGGUGUCUAGCAUGGCGCCGCUGGCAGCACGGAAUGCACCUUCGGAGGCCAAGUCGCCCUCUCCGGAGGCGGCUCCAGCCGCGGCAUCACCCGAGCCGCAGACAAGCCCGUCACUGGAGGGCGCGGCCGCAUCGCGCUCGACGCUGACGCUGUCUCGGUCUGUGCGGAAGAUUCAGAUCAUGGCCUCCUUGAACAAGGGCCGGAGAUCCAGUGUGAAGAGUGGAAAGAAGGCUCGAGAGAGCAAGGAGGGAAGAUUCAUCCACAAGGAGCUCGGGACAGAGGACCUCAUCCUCACCGGGCUUCUUGCUGACGGAGCGGUAUGGUCACAGCAAGGCCUUCAUAUUGACAGCAACAUGGCCGGGGUGACGCGACUGCCGCCCAUGAGAGCAGUGGCCGCCACACUGCGGGCCGGUGAGUACCUUAUGGCCGCCUGCUUCCCGCAGGCUACCGGCUGCAUGAACCUCUUCGUGCACCGGCUUUUGGGCGAAGAAGGAGUUCUACCUUGUUCAACGGAGCUUUGCAGCAUCCGACUGCCCUUCUGGAGCAAGUCGUGGGGCCGGUGGCAGCCGGUGAUGCUGCUGGACGCUCCGCCCUGCCCUGCCCUGCCCGGCCACCUUCGGGGCAGCGAAGGUUUGGCGAAGGAGAGUCUUGAGGAGCUGCCAUUGCUGGCGCGGCCCUUUGGCCUGCAGCCGGCAGCCCUGCCGGCGCUGGCGGGGCCACCGCUGCUCUCAAGGCAAACCUGCUGA